AUAAACUAAAAGGACUAAAAAGGCAGGCAUCUGUGAGAUAGACAGCAUUAAAAAGUCACAUUUAGCAGGUUAUUGUGGAAAGUGGAUGACAGCUGGAGAAAUGGAUAAAAUUCAGAUUUUAAUGUGCAGCGUGAAGCUCAUCAUUCUAAUGGUGAUGUUUUCUCACUCCACCAUGGAACAGUCACGGCACAAGGUUGUUUCCAGACCGCUUGUCACGGGUCCUUACCAGCGUUGGACACUCCUGCCUUGUUACUUUUUUUUUGACCACAUGGUGACACCAGAGAGCAUCUGUCUGACCUGGUGGAGAAACGAAAGUGGCCAUCGCAGGAUUAUUUACGCCUUUGAAAACGGCCAGAGACAGAAACAGAGAGAGGAUCCUGACUACAGCAACCGCACCGAAUUAUAUCGCAAUAUUUCAGAGGGCAGUGCUACUUUGAGGCUACAAAUUCUCAGGCUGCAAGAUGCAGGUCUGUACGUCUGUGAGGUGUGGAGUCAACGGCACAGCGAUGCGGAUCGUGCCUCAGUCAGCCUUACUGUGGCCGCAAGGCCCUUGAGGCAGGGCGUAAUCUCCAUGAACGCCACGUUUCUGUCCUUCGAAUCAUGCGGCUGGCUCCCCGAGCCGUCCCCAUUCUGGACCGACGAGCAGGAUCGGAAUGUGACAGAAGUCGCAGAGACUAGCAUCACCCUGGGGGAGGACGGCCUCUACUGCGUUAAAAGUGUGCUGCACAGAAACACAAGCAAGAGGGCACACAAUCUCCACCUGCGCUACACCAACCCCGACACUGGAGAGAAACAAACUGCCAUCUACCAGCAAAUAGCAACAAAUUCAGAAGAUGCAUAUCGCAUAAAUGAUGGAAUUGUCCCUGGACUCCUUUGUUGGGGGACACUUGGGAUUGUUGUAGUUAUUGUGGUCAUAAUGAAGUUACCGCAUCAGAAACCCAACGAAGAGUCACCACUUGUGAAACGCCCUCGAUCAGGAAGCUGCAGCUCAUCUGAUGGACCAAGGUUCUACAUGUAGCAGUGAGCAGGGCUGCCAAAAAUACUCCACUCUGACAGGGAUCUCUGAACCUAAAAUCCUGCAUGGGAUUCUUUUGGACACAUCUUUUAACUGCACUUUAAGGGCUGUGGCAACAUUAAAUGGCUGUUUUUGUCAUUAUUGACGUCUGCUUCAGAAUCAAAUGGAAGAUGUUAAUGAAGCUGUACACGUGAAAAUUUCACAGCGGAGUUGUUGCUGUCUUUCAGUUUUUUUUGUUUUUUUUUCUUUUUGCCUAUAUCAGUUCCAGCAUUUAUAGAGAAGGUCCUUGCUGCAGCCUGCAGGAUGGGCCGG